AUGCUGGAUUUGCGGUCUCGAGCUAUGUUGGCGGCUCUCAAGGCAUUGCAAGACAAGAUCGGUCGAUUGGAACAAGAGCGCGAGAGUUUAUUACAGCAACUUUCAGAUGCCAAGUUGACUGCUCGAAAGAGAGAAGCAGAGUUGACUGCAACGGAGAAGAAGUUGUCCUACGAGCUGGGGCAAACCAAGGAAUCUGCCAGAGCCGCGUACGACGCACUGCGUUGUGACCGUGAAGAGCUCAAGUUACAACUCGUCAGAUCCGAGGAGCGAAGAGAGACGACUCACAACGAACUGCAGCAUUUCCAGGAGCUUGCAAAGAAUUUAUCAGCCAAAGCAGACGAGUUGCAGUCACGACUUGAGAUCUCGGAGUCACAUCGCUCGCGUCAAAAAGCUGAGAUGAAGGAGUCUAAUAGCAACCAUAAACGUGUCGUGGACGAGCUGCAAGCUGAGCUCACUCAAGUACGUCAGAAAGAGCAGGCCACUGUAGAGCGAAACGAGCUACUCGAAGCGCAAGUUCAGCGUGAAUCCACGAAUUGUGCCGAGAGUAGAGAGCGAAUGAAAGACGCAGAGCAAACAGUGGCGUCGAUCUCACAGCUGAACGAAAAGCUGGUAGCCAAAGUUUUGGAGACGACGGAAGCUGCGAACCAGGCGAUGAAGAAGAACAAGAAACUCCAACAGCAGAUACGUUCGUCAACUCUGCUUCGACCCACAGCUGCAAGUCGUGCUAGUGCAGCAGCAGCCAGCGAGGCAACAGCACGACGAUCCUCACAUUCCAGGGGAGAGACUCCGGCCAAAACGCUGAAGAAAAAGAAGGCAGCGACCGGAACGGCAUCCUCGACUACUAAGAAACCAAAGAAAACCGAGAGCGUCAACAACAUGACUCUGUUGCGAGAAGCCAAUCUCGGCAAGGAGAUCCCAUUCUUGCUGGGUAAUUCAGUCCAGCCGUCAUUCUCGUUGAUUGGAAACAUCCAAGAUGCACUGCGACGAUGCGAUACAACGUACGUCAUGCCGACACUUCUUAGUGGCGCAUCGACAACGCCAGGAUCCUCUUCAAACCAGCCGACGACAGACAACUCUGCAGCUACCAAUAGAGAGGACAUUACCGCAUCAUCGUCGCCGCCCACAUGGGUCCAGUAUCACAGUGCCAGCGGCAAACCCCCACCUAUCGAAGUGGCAUCUGCUUUGCCGAAAACGUACACGAGUCCCAUGCAGUGUCAAAUAAUGGAGGAUCUACACACAGCUAUUGCAUCUGCUGAGAAGGAGUUCAAAGCUCUCAACAACCGGUAUAGAGCUCUAGUCACUCAGAUGGAGACAAACAAUCGUCGAGGGGUCUCUGGAUCUCAAGAUGGCUCAGGUAUUAGCUCUGCGCAGUUAUCGCAAGCUUUGACUCCAUUGCUGGACGAGCUGGAAGCAAAAGCGAAUCAGCUAAACCUGCUCAAGCAAAUCUACCAGCAAGCAGCCAACAGCACCAUCAACCCACAAAGGCACGUAGUUGUCAGCCCAGCGGCUAUUCGUCGCAAAACGGCGUCGUUGCGAGUGCUCAACACGUAUCGACAGCUCGAGAGCGACUCCAAGAACAAAGGAAGUGGACAAUCAGCCUCUUCUUGA